UUCCGAUCUUGAAAUGUCUCUAGUUUGAGACAGUUCGCGAAUUAGUUCAGCGAUAUGUCUUGUUAGGAAUCAUGUCCCUGCUGCAGUGUGUCGGAGGUCAACAUGCAGUGGAGAAGAUACAUCACUGGCCUCGCUUUCAGUUUUAUAUUCGUUGUGUCAUAUUUCACGAAUAAGUUUGUUCUGUCAGUGUUGAAAUUCACCUUUCCAACCUUAUUUCAAGGAUGGCAGACACUUAUCGGGGCGGUCCUGCUUCUACUCUUUGGGAAGUUUGGAUGGGUAGAAAUGAGCCGCAUCUCCAGGUCAGCAGCUCUCUCCUGGCUUCCAGGCUCCCUCCUCUUUGUGGGAAACAUAUAUGCCGGUUCCAGGGCUUUAUCGCGCAUGGACAUUCCUUUUUUCUUCACUCUUCAGAAUUCCUCACAUGUUGUUAGUUAUAUCAUCUUAAAGGUUGUCAACAGAGAGAAGACACAAUGGCUGAAAAUAAUCAGCAUCUGCUUGAUGCUGCUCUCGGCCAUCAUCCUCCCCUUUCACGACCCUCAGUUUGACUACAGCGGUUACCUCUGGGCUGUGGGUCACCUGCUCUGUGUGGGUGCAUACAGGGCCUUUCAGGGUCACCACAAAUCUACUAAUUUGAGUGACCUCGAGAAGCAUUGCAUCAACUACUCGUUCAGCGUGCUGCUGCUGGCCGUUGCAGCUCAUCCGACAGGUGACCUCAUGGGGGCCUUGGAGUUCCCCUCCCUCCAGUCCCACACGUUUCACUGUGGUUGCUGUGCCAGUGCACUGCUGGGUUUUUUGUUGCUGCUGGCGACAGUCAAACUAAAAAGUGGAUUGUCCCUGGAGCACUUUGGGGUCUGGAUCUUCUUGUCUAAGAUCACCACCGUGUCCCUCUCCCCAUUCUUCUUCGACAUAGACAUCAACACGUCAUCUCUUAUUUGUGUGGUCAUCAGUCACGUCGGCGAGGCCCUGCUGGUGUUCUCUCAGAGAGACUCUCAGUUCGGGACGAGAUGACCGCAGCUGUCCCGGAUCAACCCACAGCUUACGCUCUCAACUUUUCUUCUUUUUUUAACCGAGAGCAUGUAUUUUAUUUUUUUGUACAUUAUUUUUCUCAUCAACGCGUCGACAAUCUGAUCAAAUAAAACGAGAUUUGUGAACACACUGACACACGUCAUCUCAUUAAAAGCCCCCUGAAUGAAGCGCUGCAGCAGA